AUGGGUCUUCAAAUGUUCCAAUUGCAGAAUAAGGUGAUUGAUCGAAUUGAAGCAUCACCAUGGCAAAUUCGUGAAACAAAUGUUCGACUUGCAAUUGGUUUAGUAGUGCUUUUCUUUUAUUUACUAAUUGGCGCUAUUGUUUUCGUACAAAUUGAAAGUUCAAAUGAGGAAAAUGAUAUGGAAGCAUACCAGGAAUUUCGAACAAAUUGGAAUCGAUUAUUAAAAGAAGCAGGAUUUAAGGAAACCGAUAUUGAUCAAUUAUUUACGGAUAUUCGUAUAAUGGCAUUAAAAGGUAUUUGGACAGAAAAAAAUGUAACAACUGAGCCUAGAUGGACUUUUGGCCAAGCAUUUUUCUUUGUUGGUGCUUUAAUUAGCACAGUUGGUUAUGGACGUGUAUCACCACGUACACGUGAAGGCAAAUUUUUUACGAUAAUUUAUUGUCUGAUUGGCAUACCAAUGACAUUAGCAUUAUUGUCAGCAUUAGUGGUAAGAUUAAAAAAGCCAAGUGUUUGGCUACGAUGUAAACUUAAUACAAGGCUUGGGCAUCUGUUUCAUGACUCACAAAUUCAGGCAUUUCAUCUUACUUUUGUAUGCACGCUAUUACUAUUGUUUGUUUUUAUCAUACCAUCGUAUAUUUUUACGAAAAUUGAAACAGAUUGGGAUUUCUUGGAUGCAUUUUUCUAUUGCUUUGUUUCAUUAACAACUAUCGGUUUGGGUGAAUAUGUACCAGGUGAUCAACCUGAUCAACAAUUUAGGACUUUUUAUAAAAUUGUUGUGACAGUUUAUUUGAUAUUUGGCCUAUCAUGUAUGAUGUUAUUCCUUGCAACACUGUACGAUGUACAACAAUUAAAUUUGAGUCGUUUCUUUUUAACACGCGACAAUGGAUACAUCAAUCCAUCUUACGACGAUCACUGUGAAACAUUUUCAAUUACCAAUCAAAAUUAUGGUGUAACAAGAAACUAUACACGUCAUGUUAAUGAAUCACCGGUGACAACAUUCGAAACAGGCGGCUUUUAUCAAAGCGAAUGA